UGUUAUUGCCUUAUUGGUGGUAUGCAUAGUGAGCUGUUUGUUGAAAGUGAUUAGCAAAUGUUCAUGAUACAGGGAAUGGGUUUUUGGACGUUACUAGAAGGUUGUCUGCUUCUUGCUAACGCAUUUGCAAUAUUAAAUGAGGAGCGCUUCCUUGUGCCAAGAGGGUGGAGCUUCCAAGAAUUUUCUGGGGUGAGAAGAAAUUCGAUGAAGGGGCAGCUGAUAGGUCUUAUUUAUGCGGUCCAGUACAUGAGAAUUCCUCUUAUGGCUGCCAACAUCGUUGUCAUUGCUUUGAAGAUAGUUACUGGGUGAUUUUCCUUGGUGUGUCAUAGCCGACGACAACAAAGUUAUUUUCCUUUUGGGAAGGUGUUUAUUGAAUUUAGUCUAGAUCUCGUUGUCUCUACUUGUGAUGUCACGAAAAGCACAAAUCUUUAUCAUUUCAAGUUCAUGUGGAAGGUAAUUGGUUAUGAAGCUAUAAUGUUUUGAUUGUGGAAUAGAUUGAGUUUGUGGUGGUGAUA